UACACAGGCAGUGCUCAUCCGGCAAUAGGUAUAAUAACAUCGCAUAAGCAUUGUACGAGCCAAAAUGGCGGAAUGCUAUUUAAUCUGCGCAUUAUUUGUGUGUUUGAACAUUUUUGGCGUACAAGGAUCUAUACACGUGAAAGGCCUACUCUGUCAGGACCCAGAUACUCGUAAACUUUACCCAAUUAAUUCAACAUGGCCAUCCGAAAGUUUUUGUGGUAAUUAUACGUGUAAACUUAGAUAUAAAAACUUCACUCAAACAGAAUACGCGCCUGUUACGAAGAUAAAUAAUACCUCACCAGAAGAAAAAGAUAAAAUUGUAGAAAGUGACAUGAACACCAGCCCCAGUGAACAGGCUUUUGUCUUAAUCAAAAAAGUUCAACCAGUACAACAACCUGAACAUCACAAAGAAGCGAUAAAGAGGAUAAAUGCUUUGACAGAUGAUUUUAAAAGAGAUACUGAUACUGAUAGAUACCUAACAGAAUCCGAAAUAAAAUCAAUAACUGAAAUAUUACAUACGGUAAAGAAAAGUGAUUUAGAAGCUAUUGUGGAAAUAUACAAUAUUGCUCAGGAUAUUUACAAAGAAAUGGAUACCAAUGGAGAGGAAAAAAAUAUUAAAGAUACCUAUUUGUAUACUAAAAAAAGUAAAGAAAAUAUGCUCAAUAAAAAAAUAUCGGGUAAAGCAAAAAGCUCUGUUUCAUAUUGGUAUGAACCGCUUCACCAAGGUGGUAUAAAAGUCAACCCUACGGAUUUGAAAGUUGACGGCACAAAUGCUGUUCCUACUGCAAGAAGUUAUUCAAAUCCUGCUACUUACUACCAAGGCCCACUAACAGACAGAGAUUUCAAAAACAUGCCUUAUUAUUAUCCAAUGUCAAAUUUUCAGAGGACUUCAUCGUAUGUACACAAUACAGCAUCGCAAAAUAUGCCUAACCACGCACCACAUCGUGCAAAGUCAUGUAGGAAGCAGAAAUUUAAUAACAUUGCACCAACCUGGGUAAACACACAUAAUAAUGUACAGGCAGAAUCAGGAAAACCUAAAAUGCAACCAAUGCUCCUUCCUUAUCCGUUUUCUUACGUACAACAUUAUAACUUUAGUACAUAUCCAGCCAGCUUCUACUACAGUCACUAUCCAUGGGCUCAAUUAGAAGCUUACAGUGGAAGUAGAAAUUAUCCGCAGCAAUACUUUGGUGCAUAUGCAGCUCAUGUUCCAAAUACUGCAGUUGUCGACAAUGUCCAAGAAAUAGAGCAGAAAUCCGAUGUUCAUUAUGUAAAAAGUGAUAAGGUAAUGGAUACUGCGAAUAAGACAGAAGGACUGAAUUUACCUGAAUGGCAAACAGAAGAGCUGUCACCUGAAGUUCUUGAAGAAGUAAAGGCGAACAUAUUAGAAGAUUCCAAGUUACUAAAACCUAUUGUUAAAACUGUAAAACUAGAGAAGGUGGGAAAAGUCAUUAAAUUAGACGAACUUACACGAACCAAAAGAGAUCUAAAUAAUAUUGAUGAUAAAGGUGUUGAAUUGGAAAUUGUUCAUUAUGAGCCAUAUAUCGAAAAAACAACGUGCGAAUCGAGUGUCGAACCUGGAUUUUUCCGGCUGGGAAGCCCGAACGAGCCUUACCCAGCAUGCUGCCCUCAAAAGAUUGACGGCUGAUAUGAGAGGCAACUUAGCCAAAUUUCUAAAAUAAUUUCUCAACCACUAAAAAACCUAACUGAGGAAUAAAUAUUGUACGAGAAGUUAUGGGCAUUGCCUGCGAA